UUGUCCUUUGGCUUUCUAAAACUGAAGUACUUGGAUCGAGCCUCUGGUGGACGUGGAACGGUCGUCGUCUCGAGGAUACUUUUCAGACCCGGUAUCGUCGUCCUCGUCAAGGUAUUGCAGUGAUCUUGGCCUCAAAGCCAAAGCCAUGGUGACGGAAUUUCAAGUCGGGUCCUCAGGAUCAGCUGAUUGCUGAGUAAAUUCGGGAAACCGUCAGAUCAAUCGAGAAUAGACCACCAGAUUUCUUUCAAGAAUUGCAUUUAAGAUCUACCAAGAAAGGACCGGUGGUGAAUCAUUUUUUCAUUGCGGGAGGUGCGUUUUGAUAUCGACCUUGUUUCACCUUGAGAUGAUGAAAUUGCCUGGAUCUCCUCAAGGGUGUGAAAUCAGCUGAAAGUCAACUACCGACAAGACAAUGGAAGUGUCUAAUCAAAGGAAUCGGACUUGAAGAUUAAGUGCGUAUAUGCAGUAGUGAUCUUGAAUUCCCUUGUGAAAAACUCACCGAACACCAUGGAAGGUCGACGACAGAGUGUCUCUGAUAUAAAGGACCCUAAAGACAGUCCCGUUGCAGGCGCCAUGUCCUUGAAGCAUGUGAAACCAACGUUCUCAAUGAAGCAACUAAGACCGGUGAAAAGUAAUCCUAAUAUGUCUUCCAAUAUCGAAAAGAAAAAGCUAGUCAAGACGUCACUCAUCAAUAUUCCUUCCCAGAUAGCGACUAAUCCGUCGCCGUCUGACACCAGAAACGCGAGCUUUGCUUCGUCAAAUUUCUCAUCCUCACGUGGGACAGAGGGAUUUAAUCGAACCUCCAUUGAAAGUGUCAUCUUAAAUGGAAAUGAAUCAUCCAAUGCCUCACACCGGCAAUUCAGCCCAACUCCAGAGGAGGCCCAAUCCAUGCGACACUCAAGUCCCAGUGCAGCCGAGGAUGAAAAUGAAGAGGAAGGGGGUCAUGAUACCAUUACCAGUUUGGCAGGAGCCAAGAUGCUCCAAAAGUAUCGCAGAGCCAUAUCCUCCGGCUCACGUCCAAGCUCUUCUCACUCGGCCAGUCAAAAUAGGUUGGAAGCUCUCUUUCGAGAAGACUUGGAGGAUAUCCAGGAGAGUGAUGAUGAGGAGAACACAGCAUUGGUGGGAGGACCUGAUCUUGAUGAGCCAACCACGGAUGUGUUCGUUCCUCCUGAUGGAGGUUAUGGCUGGUUUGUUGCGCUAGGUGCCUUCAUAUCCUUGUUUUGGUGCGCUGGGAUGGUCAAAUCGUACGGUGUCAUAUUCAAAGCAAUCCUUACGACAUUCCCAGAUUCAAGUGUUAGUUUAGCCUCGUGGAUUCCGGCUGGUAUGACCUCUGUGGCUUUGGUCAUGGCUCCAGUGACUAGUGCCUUUUGUCAAAAGUAUAAUUGCCGUUACGUAACCAUUGCCGGGUCAAUCAUUUGCACCUUGGGAAUAUCAUUGAGCAGCCUGGCUCCCAACAUGGAAACCUUAUUCCUGACAUUGGGAAUUCUCACUGGAAUGGGCGUUGGUUUAUCCACCACUCCUGGAAUCAUCUUGACGGCUCGUUAUUUUGAUAAAAAUCGAGCCAAGGCCAAUGCCUUUUGUCUCUCUGGAACUGCAGCAGGAAGCUUUGUUCUGCCCUUCUUCAUUGAGUUCUGCUUGGGGAUUUACGGAUUUAGAGGGACAGUCUUGAUCCUUGGUGGAUGCAUGCUACACUUAUGCAUUAGUGCCUCCCUUUAUCGACCCCUGGCUGUCCACGUCUUGAUCAUGAGAAAUCUGUCCAAGAAACCAGAAAAGGUGCUCAUUUCCAAGAAGGAGACCCAAUGCAACCAUCUUCCAACAACUUGCUCUCAUGACGCGUCAAAGAAUGCAUCCAGGAAUUCGUCAGUCAAAUCGUUGAACUCUUCCCAUCACAUUCCAGCCAACAUUGCGGACUCCUGCUCUGGACCUCACCAUCCCCACCACCUUCACUCUCUUCAUGCUCACCAACAUCAUUUGAUGACGGGGCCAGGUCAUGCCCCUGAUCCCCAAGCAAUGGCCCUGUCUCUCAAUCAGAAACUGCACGACCUGGAGCGUAGGAAUCAAGGAUUUAAUCCGAAUUCGGAUAAUCUCUCUUUGGGAAGCUCAGCCUCAUCCGUUAGCAUUGAAGGCUCCAAACAUACCCGCGGAGGAUCAAUGCGCCACAGCUUCAUCAGCAUUCCGUGCUCUCUUCCACCUCACUUGGAACACCAAUUUUCGGUUCAUGGGAGCAGCAAUGCAUCCUUAGCCAAUAGCAUGGACCAUGUGGGAAUUGAAAGCAGUCCUCCACACACGCUAUCACCUCUUCGGGAGCUGAAAUAUCAUUAUUCUGACGAUCCCGAAAACGGAGCGUCCGAUCCUCAUCUCCGGCAUGGCCUUGAUGUGCCCCAAGUGGCCAAAGCCAAGUCAUUAAGUCUUCGAGAGCUCUACAUGCACCAACUUGGAAGCCGGUUCAACAUUUACAAGUCUCAUCUCUUGGGUUCGGGUUCGGGAUCAGGGAUCAACAAGAGCCAAGAGACGAUAAAAUCCCGCCGGUCGGGGAAAAGUGCACAGACGUCAGCGGAUGAUCUGACAAAUCGAGCCCACAAACCCGCCCGAAAGCGACCACCCCAUGCAAGGCCUUCCAUUAGAAGGAAGUUCAAUUCCAGAACCACUCUUAUGUUCAGUAUUGAGGACCUUUCAACCGACUCCACGAGCAUCCUGAAAGAAAGCCGCCAUCCAAGUGUCAGCGAAAAUCUUCAUGACGGCCACUUUCGAAAGGUUAUCCCUCUGGAUAGAAGCAUUAGUUGUGCCACGCCCAGAAGUUCAGUCAAAAUCCGUCCCCGAAAGAGAACGAUAUCCGAAGGCCAACCUCAACAUGAUGACGACCUUCCUCAUUCUCGGUUUAAGUUACAAAGUCCGGCUACACUAGGAAAAGACCAACCGCAACCACAAACCAAAGAAAUGCUUUUGAAAUCUAAAAGUGGGAAGACUAAGGAUGACGAUGAGAAUCUCUCGCCGCCCAAAGUGCCAUUCAUUCAAAGGGCCAUGCGACCCAUCACGGCCUACUUGGAAAUCGGCAUUGUCACGGAGCCCUUGUUCAUCAUGUUGGCCACAUCAGUGAUGUGCAUGUCUUUCGGUGUCCCCCAUUUGCUCUUCUUUCUCCCUGCCUAUGCCGAUCCACUUGGCAUAGAAGCCUCGAGUCUUCUUGCAUUGACCUCGGUUUUUGACCUUUUGGGCAGAUUGAUCUCAGGAUUCAUCCUGGACAUGAAAUUUGUCCCCGUCCAUCUCUUCUACUCUGGAGUAAUCUUUAUGACUGGCUUCUCCGUGAUCCUUUUAUCUUUCACCACUAAUUACGCCGGUUUGAUGGUGGCAGUCGCCAUGUAUGGCGUGGGAGCUGGCACUUGGUUCUUGAUGGUGCCACUUUUGUUGUCAGAGUACCUGGGUGUACAACGCAUUGCUUCUUCAUAUGGAAUGGUCCGGUUCUUUCAGUCUUUCGCCAAUCUUUUUGGACCCAUCAUCGGUGGGUACCUUUGGGAGUACUUUGGGUCUCUCACUCCGACGUUUAUUUAUAUGGGUGGCGUCAUGUGCCUUGGCUCGUUCAUUGUUCUGCUGGAACCUCUUGCAGUAAAGAAAAGCAACGAACGAAAAAAACUUCAACAACGAAGCCCUGAGAAAUUGGCUUCACCUUGAUCAUGAAAUUUGUCGUCCAUGUUAUUCUGGUUAUUCAGUCAACCUGUUAAUACAUUACGUAAAAUAACAACACGUGUGUGGAGAUAUUUCCUCGGUAGGAAGCACAAGUCAGUUCACCCAACCUCAAGGAGUUUCUGUCCCUUGUUUUGAGAUUGUCUUCGACAUGAGUAAAAUCGUGGACCUCCAUUACUUCAUUGUUCUCUUUUUAAUGCAAGGAUAUAUAUAUUUGACCGGCAUGAAAUCAGAUACCCAAUUUAUUUGGGACCAAAUGGAUAAAGAGACGACGUAGAUUCGUUGUGAACGGUGUCCGACUCUUUGAACGGAGGCUUGUCAAAGUUAAAGGUAAAGACAGAAGUUAGCCUAAAAUGUAGGGAAGUAUCUGCCAAAUGAAUAUUAAAAUCUUACUCUCUUCAAUGUGAGUUGGACACAUUGUUUCCUUUUAGAAAUAUGCUAUUUUUUUCGUUGAUGUGAGGGAAAAACGAAGUUAUAUUGUAGUGGAUUGUAGAUUGUAGACUUCGAUAAGAGAAAUGAGUAAAACAAAGACUCAGGAGUAAUAAAUGACUUUUUAAUGA